GAACGGUUGUCCCACCAUCAGCAGUUCGAUCUCCUUGAGAUCCUAGUCGUUUCAGUAGCCGUCUUUGUUUCCCUGUGACCUGCAGGUACUGGGAGAUCUGUAGAGAGGACACCGGGACAUCUCUGAAGCUUUGAAAUGAAUGAGCAGUUGGGAACUUCAGUAUUUAAACAUGAGAAGGCAUACAGAAGAACUAGGGCAAUGGAUACUGAGGAACUGUUGACAUUCAGAGAUGUGUCUAUAGAAUUCUCCAUGGAUGAGUGGGACUGCCUGGACCCUGCUCAGCAGAAUUUGUAUCGGGAUGUCAUGUUAGAGACCUACAGUCACCUGGUCUUCCUAGGGCUUGCCAUCUCAAAGCCCAAGCUCAUCACGUGUCAGGAGCAAAGGAAAGAACCCUGGAAGGUGAAGACUCACCAGACAGUGGUCAAGCACCCAGUUACAUCUAAUCAUUCCACCCAGAGCAAUUCACAAGUGCUGGGCAUGGAUAUUUUAUUACCGGAGAUAAUCCUGAGAAGAUAUGAAAAUGAUGGCCCUGAGAAUUUAAACUCAAUAAAAGACUGGGAUAGAGUGUAUAAGUAUAAGCAGCAGAAUGUAUGUUACAAUGGACUAGAUGAAAGUUUAACAGCUAUGCAUGGUAAAAUCUACCAAUGCAGUAAAUGUUUCAAAGUUGUCAGAAAAUUUUCAAAUAUAAAUAGACAUAAGAUGAUAUAUACUGGAGAAAUAACAUUGAAGUGUAAAAAAUAUGAAAAAGUCUUAAAACUAUGCUCAAACUUCCGUAAACAUAAGAUAACCCAUUCUGUGGAAAAGCAGUACAAAUGUAAAGAAUGUUGCAAAGUCUUUAAAUCUUGCUCAAGACUUUCUAAACACAGGGGACUUCAUACUGCAGAGGAAAUUUCCCAUUGUGAGAAUGAUGACAAGUAUCUUAGCCACAGCUCAAAAUAUUAUAACCAUGAGACAAUUUAUAAUGUAGACAAUCCUUACAAAUUUGAAGCGUGUGACAAAUCCUUUAAUCAUUACUCAUCCCUUUCUGUACAUAAAAGAAUUCAUUCUGGAGAGAAACCCUACAAAUGUGAAGAAUGUUGCAAACCCUUUAAGGAUUCCUCAACUCUUUCUCUACAUAAAAUAAUUCAUUCUGGACAGAAAACAUACAAAUGUCAAAAAUGUGGCAAAGUCUUUAACCGGUUCUCACAUCUUUCUGUACAUAAAAGAAUUCAUAAUGGAGAGAAAACCUACAAUUGUGAAGAAUGUGGAAAAGCCUUUAAUGAUUCCUCAACACUUUCUGUACAUAAAAGAAUUCAUUCUAAAGAAAAACCUUACAAAUGUGAAGAAUGUGGAAAAGCCUUUAAUAAUUCCUCUGUUCUUUCUGUACAUAAAAUAAUUCAUUCUGGAGAGAAACCCUACCAAUGUGAACAAUGUGGAAAAGCCAUUAAUGAUUUCUUAAACCUUUCUGUACAUAAAAGAAUUAAUUCUGGAGAGAAACCCUACAAAUGUCAAGAAUGUGGAAAAGCCUAUAACCAUUCCUCAACCCUUUAUGUACAUAAAAGAAUUCAUUCUGGAGAGAAACCCUACAAAUGUCAAGAAUGUGGAAAAGCCUAUAACCAUUCCUCAACCCUUUAUGUACAUAAAAGAAUUCAUUCUGGAGAGAAACCCUACAAAUGUGAAGAAUGUGGAAAAGCCUUUAACUGGUCCUCAACCCUUUUUGUACAUAAAAGAAUUCAUUCUGGAGAGAAACCCUACAAAUGUGAAGAAUGUGGAAAAGCCUUUAAAUGGUCCUCAACCCUUUCUGUACAUAAAAUAAGUCAUUCUGGGGAGAAACCCUACAAAUGUCAAGAAUGUGGAAAAGCCUUUUACCGCUACUCACACCUUUCUGUACAUAAAAGAAUUCAUUCUGGAGAGAAACCCUACAAAUGUGAAGAAUGUGGCAAAGCCUUUAAUAAUUCCUCUACUCUUUCUGCACAUAAAAGAAUUCAUUCUGGAGAGAAACCUUACAAAUGUGAAGAAUGUGCAAAAGCCUUUAACUGGUCCUCAACCCUUUCUGUACAUAAAAGAAUUCAUUCUGGAGAGAAACCCUACAAAUGUCAAGAAUGUGGAAAAGCCUUUAAGAAUUCCUCAACCCUUUCUUUACAUAGAAGAAUUCAUUCUGGAGAGAAACCCUACAAAUGUGAAGAAUGUGGAAAAGCCUUUAAUGAUUCCUCUACUCUUUCUGCACAUAAAAGAAUUCAUUCUGGAGAGAAACCCUACAAAUGUCAAGAAUGUGGAAAAGCCUUUAAAUGGUCCUCAACCCUUUCUAUACAUAAAAUAAGUCAUUCUGGGGAGAAACCCUACAAAUGUCAAGAAUGUGGAAAAGCCUUUAACCGGUCCUCAAACCUUUCUGUACACAAAAGAAUUCAUUCUGGAGAGAAACCCUACAAAUGUCAAGAAUGUGGAAAAGCCUUUAAGGAGUCCUCAAACCUUUCUGUACACAAAAGAAUUCAUUCUGGAGAGAAACCCUACAAAUGUGAAGAAUGUGGAAAAGCCUUUAACCAGUCCUCAACCCUUUCUGUACACAAAAGAAUUCAUUCUGGAGAGAAACCCUAUAAAUGUGAAGAAUGUGGAAAAGCCUUUAAGGAUUCCUCUAAUCUUUCUGUACAUAAAAGAAUUCAUUCUGGAGAGAAACCCUCCAAAUGUGAAGAAUGGAAAAGCAUUUAACCGGUCCUCAACCCUUUCUGUAUAUAAAAGAAUUCAUCCUGGAGAGAAACAUUAGAAAUAUAAAUAGUGUGGCAAACCCUUUAACUCAGGGUCAAACCAGCCUUUACAAUAAAAAAAAAAUGAGAUAACAUGGAAACCCUAGAAAUAUGAAGAAUCUGGCAGUACCUUAAUUGGUUUUCAUAACUUAUGAAGCUUAUUAGAACUUACACUGGAGAGAAAUCCUACAACUGUGAAUGUUAUGACAAUGCACUUAAGCAGAGCUGAAACUUUACUACAUGUAAGAAAAUUCAUAUUGGAGAGAGAUCUUACAAAUGAGAAUAAUAUGGCAAACGUUUUAACUGAUUCUUGGCCCUUAGUAAACAUAAGAGAAAUCAUGUCAGAGAAAAAUCAUAAUAUGAAGGUGUGUGAAAGCUUUAUACAAGUAAUUAUAGUUUUCUGUAUACAGUAGAAUUCAUGUUAAACAGAAAAGCUAUAAAUGUGAAGAAGGUGACAAGUGUGUAACUUCUGCUCAAACGUUUCUCUAUGAAAUUUAUGACAAAGAAAACCCCUACAACUGUGAAGACAAUGUUGAAUCUUAUAACCAGGCUUUAUUUCUCAUACUUUUCAAAUCAUAAUUCAUAGGAAAGAAAUACCCUGCAAAUAUUUCAAUGAUGUCUUAAGGGUGUGUUUAUCCUGUUUGGUAGGAGUAGGGAGAGACAGGGGCAGAUGGUUCUAGGGCAUCCUUUGUCCAUAAUAAGAAGGAAGAAAAUUACCAGAGUGGGCUGCCAAGAAAGAAAAGCAUUUCAGGAAAAUAAUUUCAAGCCAGAAGUGUACUUGUCAAGAAUGCUAUGGAAAAUAUUCCUUCAUAGGCAGAAAGUUGGAACAGAUAAGUUCAAGUUACCACAACUGUGGUAUGUGUGGAGUUCAAUACAGCUAGAGUUUAAAACACAAUGAAUUAAAGAAAAAGAAGUAUCUGUAAUUAUUCAGACACCCCGUGUUUAAAUCUAUCUACUUGUUAAAAUUGUACAAAAUACUACAUGGCCAUUGUAGAUGUUUUCAGAGUAUUUUCACAGAAGAAAAUUGUGAGAGUUGUAAUAAAAUUGUUAUUAACUUCUGUUUUCAACAGUUUUAAAAUAAAGUUGAUUUUUCUGGAAAGAAAAACGAAAAGCAUUUCAGGAAGGCUUUCAAAAACUAAACUGAUGUUUGCUUUACAAAAAUGACUUGCAGAGCUAGAGAAACCCCAGUGUGGAGAUAUGGCCAAAGCCACAAAAACAGGUCUUUGCAGCAUGUAUACAAGUAAGGUGACAGUAGCCUCAAGUGACCCAUUUUCAUAAACACAGUAAAAUUCUUAUCACUUUUAUCACAGAUUACAAAUACUAUGACAACUUCUAGAAAUUGCUUUACAGGGAUAGAAAUGGGAGGACAGUCCAUUCCGGAAUUUGUCCCCCUUUCCAGUAAAAAUAGUAAAUAUAUUACCAGCACCACCACCACCGCACCACUUAAGAUAGAUUGGAAAAUUAUCAUGAAGGGGAAAAAUCUCACUAACCCAGGGUGUUCUCCACUUGAUAAGGUAGAUGUCUUCAUUCUCUGGAGUGCACUGUGCUUUAAUAAACUUUGACCUUUUGCUUACUUGUAUCUACUUGUUCUGUUCAUUUGUUUUGCUGUCUUGGUACC